UCAAGAGCAACUCGACUUCGCUUACUAGUUAUAAUUUUAUAUAAAUAAAUCUAACCUGUUUUAUAUGUUAACUAUUAAGUUAUAGAGCUUGAUAUAGUAAUAUAAAUAUUUGAGGUUCUCUUCGGACCGUGUAUUGUAACAUUCACAAUGAGUUUUCUUUUUGGGAGUCGGUCUAACAAGACCUUCAAACCAAAGAAGAACAUACCGGAGGGUACACACCAGUAUGACCUGAUGCGGCACGCGGCCGCCACCCUCGGCUCGGGCAAUCUGCGACUCGCCGUCAUGCUGCCCGAAGGCGAGGACCUAAAUGAAUGGGUGGCAGUUAAUACCGUGGACUUCUUCAACCAAAUCAACAUGCUGUAUGGCACCAUCACGGAGUUCUGCACCGAGGAGUCGUGCGCUGUGAUGUCAGCCGGACCCAAGUAUGAAUAUCACUGGGCCGACGGCCACACUGUUAAGAAACCUAUAAAGUGUUCAGCGCCCAAAUACAUUGACUACUUGAUGACCUGGGCACAGGAUCAGCUCGAUGAUGAAACACUGUUUCCUUCUAAAAUUGGCGUGCCGUUCCCAAAGAACUUCCUGUCGAUGGCGAAGACGAUCCUGAAGCGUCUGUUCCGCGUGUACGCGCACAUCUACCAUCAACACUUCCCGCAGGUGGUGCAGCUGGGCGAGGAGGCCCACCUCAACACCUCCUUCAAACACUUCAUCUUCUUUGUACAGGAAUUCAGUUUGAUCGAGCGGCGAGAGCUGGCGCCUCUACACGAACUGAUCGAGAAGCUGACGGCGAAGGAGGCGCGAUGAUCGCCGCCGGCCCCUCCACCACGCGGCCGCCACCCCACACACUUACAUAGCCUUGCAUACCCCCGGAGUUGACCUGCAUAUCAAUCGAAUUUUCUUCGUACCAACGAGAAGCAACGUAGAUGAUCUGUAAAGGACGUCGUCGUUUAAUUCCUUGCUGCAUAUUGUACGUUGUAUGUAGACGAGACGAGAACCUUCUAGUUCCUUCUACGUAAUCCAUUAGCUCGUAUAAUUUAUGAAUUACUCGCGCCUAAUAUAACUUUUUUGUAAUACUGUUACCAAUGUGUUGCAGCUUCUAUUGGUGAACGACUCGUAUAGACUUAUUUUUGUGAUAGUAUUUGGAAGUGAAUGGGGGCCGUACAACUAUUACGUAAGUACUAUGGGAGGGCGGGGGUCAUUACUUUGCUUGUUUUGGAUGACAAGGGGUGGUGGGGGAGUCUAGGUGAUGAUUACGUCAUCGGUAGUCAUUUACUUUUUACACGA